CCUAUAAUUCAUUUUGUUGUCAGGCAACGCGGGAUUGCUUGUGUUCCUCUGUUUAUAGUCUAUCGACCCCUGUGCACCGCCGGAGACCAACAACGAACAACGACGACGGAUGCCGAUGAACGACGACAGAGUGAAGUUGUGCAUGAUCCGCUGAGGUUCAAUCAAGGUGGUCAUGCUGAUUCCUUUUCUUUUGCAAGGGACACAAUGCAAAAUGGAAUUGCUGAGGUAGCUGUCUACAAUUCCAAGGACAAUGAGGAUGUCGAUUGGGCUGAAAAUAGACUGAAAAAAUUGCCUGAUCCUCUAGCAAUGGACAAUGUGAGUAUCGAGAAUGUGAAGAAGGACGUGUCUUCUUCUUCAAAAGCGAAGGUUGAAAAAAACCCUAAAAAAAGGGGUAGAAAAGUAUCAUCUCCAAUUUAUCGGCCUAGUCUACCCAAGUCUGUGAAAUACAAGAUAAAACAAAUCCCUACCCACUCUUUGAGGUUUGGUUCGACCUACAACAUGGAUUUUGUAGAAGAUUUGAAUUUGUCCAUAGGAGUUAAGGGUAUUGAAUUAUUUAAGAAUACAAUUUUCGGUCCAUAUCUCAACAUCCCUAACUGCAAUUACCAAGGGCAAAUAACAAAGUGUCUGCUACUACUUGAGCUGGAGCAGGAUAACAUAGAUGAGCUCCAUAUUCGUCAUGCAAGCGGGAAUAUUUUGCAUUUCACUAUCAAAGAAUUUGCGAUUAUUACUGGCCUGAAAUGCACAGGGAAUGUUGAUGAAUUUAGAUAUCCUGAUUCCACUCAUAGCAGGUUGAUUCAAAGAUACUUUCCUGAGUCAAAAGAUAGUGUAAACAAGGGUCGUUUAGUUCAAAGAUUUCUGAUGGGUGAAUGGGAGAACAAUCAGGAUGCCGUUGAAAUGGCAAUCUUAUAUUUCAUUCACACGUUUGUUUUUUCCCAACUUGGUGACACAAAUAUACCUAUCCACCAUUUCUUUAUGGUUGAAGACGGAAGGUAUCAAAAAUAUCCUUGGGGACAAAUUGCAUUCUCAAAAUUGAUGAAAACAUUGAGACAAAAGUUCACCAAAGAAAAGAAGUUGUAUCGAUUAGCCGGGAUGCCAUAUUCUCUUAAUGUUUGGAUAUAUGAAUGUGCCUCUAUAAUCAGUGAUGAAAUUGUUGUCAAAGAGAGCAAUUAUAUACCGAGGAUAUGCAACUGGCGAGUUGUGGGGGUUAAGCCAAAAUUUGACAUGUUUAUGUCUAGCAUCUUCACUCAGAAUGCUUGCAAUGAUAUACAUCCAACAACGGAGGAAAUGUCAGCACUUGAUUUGCCUGCUAAUGUUAAUACUUCUCCUUCUGAACCUCAUACUUCAGCUGCCAAGUCCAAGCAGGUUCAACCACAAGACCUUCUCGAAUUUGAGAACUUUUCUACUAAUCAUACGGAUCAAUUUUUAAGGAGAUCAAGACGCAUGUCUACUACAUCAUCUACACCCCCUCCAAAGAGGAGAAGGAAUGCUCAUUCAGCCAAACCAAAGGUUACUCAAGUUAACCAACCAGUACAAUUGGUUGUGCAAACAAAACAUAAAAUUCCAAUUCCAGAUUCAGGUGGUAAUUUAUCUGAUAUUCAUGGUCCUUCAUUUGAUCGUAAAGAAUCUUCUGAUAAAUCAGGUAUUAAACAAGUUAAGAAAUACCUGAAGAAAUACGUUGACAAAAAAUUUCAGCAUUUAGAGGAUUUAAUCAAAUUAAACCACAUCGAGUUGGUGAAUGCUAUUCGGAAUCCAGAUAAGCAAGAAGAAGAGAAUAUUGUUGGCACAUCUAUUCCAACUACCGUGUCAGGUUUUCAAGAAGGCCAUUUUGCCCACCCACCUAGCACUGACCAGAUGUUUGAACAACGGAGUUCAUCGAUUGCGAUGGACUUUCCCAACAAUGAUCCAAUUGAGGUAGAUGUUGUGGAGGCUCAAGAACAAAAUCAUAUUUCCGAACAGAAGGCUGUAGAAGAUGUUGAUACAUGCAAGGAUAAAGAAGGCAUGAAUGAUGUAUCAGAUCUUCCACACACGACAGAUGUUCAUGAUAAAGCAAGUGUAUCUAAGAAAGAUAAUGAAUAUGAAGCAAUUGGAGGCUCCAAAAUAUCUCAACAAGAAAAUUUGGAUGAAGUACAACAUAAUGUCAUUAAAUCAGAUGCAGUUGUAGGACCGAAUGAUAAAUCGGAUUCUACAACUUCGAAUUCAAUAUCAUCUGAUACUCAAGAAGCAGUAAAUGCACUCCUUUAUGGCCUUCGCGCUCCUAUGAAUGCUCAACCUCUACAAAUUGUCAUUCCCCAACAGGCAACGCGCGAUUGCCUGUUUCCUCUGCAUAGAAUCUAUCGACCCCUGUCCACCGCCGACGACCAACAGCGAACAACGACGGGGCGAAUGCCGAUGAACGACGACAGAGUGAAGUUGCCAAUUAAUGCUAAUCCAGUAGUUGUGCAUGAUCCGUUGAGGUUCAAUCAAGGUGGUCAGUCUGAUCCCUAUUCUUUUGCAAGGGACACAAUGCAAAAUGGAACUGCCGAGGCAGCUGUCUACAAUUCCAAGGUUGUUAACAUUAUGCAAGAAGUUUGCACCAGUUGUAUCAUUUCAUCUUGCUGGAAAUUCAAAAGUACCAGCUGUAUACUGCAGAAACUUGAGGAUGCUGUGCAUGAGAUGGGUCUGAAACUUAAACAUCAUGAAGAGAAUAUCAGUUUCCUAAAAGCUCAGAAGAACAGAUUGGAUAAUUCAAUCUUAGAUAUGCACGUUGCUCUUUGCAAGUAUCAGACAGCAAGCGAAUCUGGUUCUGAAAAUGAGGAACUUUCCCAUGUACAGAGUGAGGAGGAGACACUUGGACACAUCUUUGUACAUGAGAAAUCUGCAGCUGGCAUCUGGUACGAGCUAAAACGUCAUCAUGGAACUCAAGCUUCUCAUCUUCCUUUGAUGAAGGAUGUUGUGGGAAUUGUUGCUAUGCUUGGGAACGUUGAUGACGAUAAUCUUAGCAGGCUCCUCUCAGAUUAUUUGGGACUUGAGACUAUGCUAGCAAUUGUUUGCAAGACGUGUGAUGGUAUUAAAGCGCUGGAGACAUACGACAAGGAAGGUCACAUAAACAAAACUUUGGGUCUUCAUGGACUUGGAGCUUCUAUUGGAAAGCCUUUGGAUGGCCGCUUUCUUGUUAUCUGUCUUGAAAAAUUAAGACCAUAUGCUGAUGAUUUCAUAGCUGAUGACCCUCAAAGGAGGCUUGAUAUUCUGAAGCCAAGAUUACCCAAUGGGGACUCUCCACCUGGUUUUCUUGGUUUUGCUGUGAAUAUGGUCAACAUAGACAGUGUGAACUUAUAUUGUGCUACAAGCUCCGGUCAUGGUCUAAGAGAGACUCUUUUCUAUAACCUGUUUUCCCGCUUGCACGUAUACAAGACAAGAGAAGAUAUGCUACAGGCUCUCCCUUGUAUUAGACAUGGAGCCAUAUCCCUGGAUGGUGGGAUGAUAAAGCAUAACGGUGUGUUCUCCCUGGGCAAGAGGGAAAUAAAUGUGAAAUUCCCAAAGAGCUCUGGAAGGUCAAAUCUGCCGCAAAACUACUUCGAAAUUGAAAGACAGAUAAAGGAGAUGAGGUGGAAAAAAGAAAGAACUGUAGAAGAUAUGCAGAGGGAACAGGCUUUGCUAGAACGUUCAAGGUUCAAUUUUGAUAUAAAGAAGCAAGAGUAUUUGAAGUUUCUUGCACAAAGCUCAACCUAUGCAACACAGCAGAGCUUCAAGCAGGAGGGGAGCACAUAGCAUGAUUGACGGAAAUCUGAGAGCAUUUUGGGUAUUGAACAAGAAGAAGCUCUAUCAGUAAUCAAUCCUGCACCAACUCAGUCUGAAACGUUGUGUUUCAGGAUUAAUAGAAUAGUCUUAUGAAUUCCUGAUCAUCGUCUAGCUCAGUUUCAUGCAUGUAACAAACUUAGGUACAUGGUGAUAACCUGUCCCAAGGUUAUAGAAUGUGUAGUUAACUGUGCAUCGUCUUGUGGUAGUAUUGCAAAUUCCAGUUACUACUAAAGCUGAAAAUGGAUUGUGAUCCAACAAAGAAAAUUUUCAACGAAAAUGUGCCUUGAGCAUGUUGGAAA